GUUGGAGGAGGGAGGUAGUGCUCAUCGCUCUGUAUUAAAAUAAUUGAAUAUUGUAUUUCUGGAUACAGUUCAUGACCGUUGAUUUAAAUUAAGCUGUGGAUAGUUAAACUUCCUCGUUGUGGAGGAUCCAGGUAGAUAGCAGCAGCAGCAACAAGGGACGUGUGGGUGGUGAUGGUGGGGGAGGCUGUGGCAGCACUCUGGGUUGUGACAGCGCUGCCCCUACCAGCAGGAUGGCACCAGUCUCACAUCUACCGUGCAGGGCGGGGGGAGCCUCACCAGGGUCUUGAGUCCUGGAUUCACACAACCACUAAAGCAGAUCUUCAUCAACUGUGGCGGCAGCAGCAACUCCAGGCACCAAGAGCUUCAGGAGACCUGUCUGUCAAAUUUGAGAAUUCCUGGGUUGCUACUGUGAGCACUGUUCAUCAAGCUGUCAGCAAAGUGCCUUCCAUGGGCCACUACAACAGGUGGUGGGAGGUGACUUUAGGUAGAGAAAACCAAGAGGGUGAAGCAAAAGCAUCUCUCAAGAACAAUAAUAAAAGUGGCUCUAGAUUGAAGACAAACUGGGUGAGAGAUGGAGGUGACACCAUUGAAGACAGUAGGUUACAGCAGCAGGGACAGCAGGCCAUGAUACAGCAACGGCGGGGAAGAAGAGACAGAACCUCUAGACAAGAGCGAGAGACCACCUACUGUCUGUCCUCCUCAACGCCAGAAUCCGCCGCUUUCACCUUCGCCUCCUUCAUCAUUCUUAUCGCCCAGGGGAUUGUCAAUGUGAUUAAUAUCAACAAUAACAAUAAUAAUAACAACAACAAUAAUAAUAACAACAAUGAUAACAACAAUAACAACAACAAUGUCAAUACAAAUAAUGUUGUCACAAUGAAUAAUGAAGAAAAUAAUGCAGAGGUGAACAUGGGCAGGAGGCUACACAGGUCACUACCAGCAGCACCACAAUCACUGACACGAAGGAAAGUUUCUCGAGGUGGUUUCCUGCUUAACCACAGAAAACCAAGUCGUGGGUUGAGAAGGUAUUCUGGAAAAUCUCUCCACCACCAGAUAACCCUUCAACCCAACACAACUGACACACUUAUCGAUGUUGACCUAUCACUGUCACCACCAUCGUCAUUACUAUCAACAGAGCAUAACAGAGCAGUAAACCAUCAACAUACACACCACCAUAAAACCACUGUGGCAGCCGUGAACUUGGAACUACAACCACAGCAACCAAGAUGUGAGUGUCAACAAACAAGAUCCAAAAGGUCAACACCUGAGACAUCAACCCUUGGACAGUGCCUCAAGUAUGUCUUGUGCCGAGUAAUUAACCUCCAGAUGUCAGGUUCACAAGACUUCCUCUCCAGAUACUUGCAGUUACAGGGGCAGGCGAUACGAGGGAGGCUUUUACGUGGAGGGUCGUGUGAGGUCUAGACUGCUACCUGUCCUCAUUUGAGUGUCUGACCAGUUCUACUUCAAAAUAAGAUGCCAGGGUUUUCCUCUACACUUCCCACACAGAUGCUGUAAGUCCCUAGUAAUGAUAAAUGCUAGCAUGACCUAAAUUAUUUAUUUUAUUUAUACUGUACUGUAUUUCUUGUGUUUAUGAAUAACGGUUUGUAGCCUUUAUACCGAGUCUCAUGUGGAGAGUAUGAUGUAUGUGAUGGGUGUAGUUCAGGGUACUGCACUAACUCCAAAGCUGUCAUUAUCAGAGCACAUGAGAGGAAUCAAGAGUUUUAUCUUUUCACUAAUUCAGAAAAUCCACUGAAUAGUUUCCAUGGAGGAUUAAAUAUAAUAAAAAACACUUAUCAUAGAGAAUAUUAUAUUUUUUUCAUAUGAAACAUACAUUAUUUACAUGUCAGGGAAAAAAACAUGUUCAAUAAAAAAGUGGGCUAUAAUAUAGUGAUAAAAUUUGUUCUAAUAUUCAUAUGAAUAAAGUCAAACCAAAGACAGUAUACAGUAUUGUGUGAGCACUGGUCACAAAUACUGCCAGAGUACACGCCUCUGUAUAGUGUAGUUCCAAUACCCUGUUAAAAUACAAAAAGGUACCUCAUUGAUUUAUCAUAACUAUUAGAUGCCUUCCCUAUAAUCUGGAACAAAAGGGCAGCAUCCCAGGGAAGAGUUCAGAUAUAGUAUAGUUAGGUCACAAUUUGCCACAACCAACCAAUUUACUAAAACUCUUAUACAAGUCUUUUGUUACAUAUAUAUUGUGCAGGUUAGGUUAAAGCACUAUCAGAAUCGUUGUAGCCACCUGUUAUAAAACUCAUCUAUGCCACUGUGGAUAUGAAAGUAAACCUUAACCUGACCCAAUGAUGAUGAUGGCCAUAUUACAUCAGCUCUCUACUCAGUGGAGGAGAACUAAUAAAGGUUACAUAUUACUUAUCAUUUACUAAUUUAAAAUUUAGAUUAUCUACAUAGUUUAUUAAAGUUUUAACCCUUAAACUGUGGCCAUGGAAAAAUUGGCUGAUCUGUGUUUUUAUCAAUUCUUUUAAAAAAAUUCAAAUGGAAUUACAGGCAUUCAUGCAGAAUAACAGAAUAUGGAGAAAAAAUCUUUACUUACCAUACAACUUAACUGGUGGAUGUUUUUAUCCAUGCACAAUUCCAUCAUCACCAUUUUACAGUAAUUUUUCAUACUUGGGCAAUAAUGGUCAGGGAAUCACUUGCCUCCCUCUUAUCACCUGCUAAACUGUGACAUAGAAGUUCCACUUCAUACCUGACAAAGGCCUACUCAGGAUGCUGCUCACAUGUUCCCUAACUUAUACAAAAAAAAAGGUA